GUUCAAUGGUUCUAAUUUACUUGUAUUGCCAUCACCACGUGUUUUUAGUUUACACUAUUAAGUGGUUUUAUAACAGUAUUUUUCUCAAUCUGUGUUUGUUUUAAGUAAUAAAAUAAUUUUCCUUCUAAAAAAUGUCAGACUCUGAACAUGAAAGUUUUGAUGAAAUGAUCGUAGAUGGUGAAAAUGACGAAAAUGAUCAAGAUGACCAAGAGCUUGAUGACGAAGGUGGAGAAUCUUCUAAUUUCACCAAAAAAGAACCGCGUCAAGUGUACUUACCUGGUAAUCAGAUGAAAGAGGACGAAUCUUUAGUAUUCGACCCAUCUGCUUACCACAUGUUACACGAUAUUGAUUCUGGUUUACCAUGUUUGAGUUUUGAUGUUAUUGUUGAUGACUUGGGAUAUAAUCGUAGUGACUUUCCCCAUUCAAUGUAUUUGGUUGCUGGAAGUCAAGCAGAGAAACCAAAAGAUAACUGUGUUAUUGUUAUGAAAUUAUCCAAUUUAAAAGCCAUGAAAAACGAUGAUAGCACUUCAUCAGAAGAUUCAGAUGUUGAAUCUGACAGUAGUGAUGAAGAAUCUAAAGACCAACCUGUAUUGCAAAUAUCAUCUAUUCCUCAUUUUGGCACUAUUAACCGAAUUAGAAAUACUAUGGUUGAUAACAAAGUGUUUGGAGCUGUUUGGUCGGAAAAAGGAAUAGUUAAUAUUUUUGAUUUAAACAGCAAGUUAAAAGAAGUCGAAAAAGCCAAACGAAAUCGUAAAAUUGGAAGUGUAGAAAAAAAAAAAAAAUUUGUUAAACCUACUCCCAAAAGGAUUAUAUCUGAACAUAAACCAUUACAUUCAUUCUCUGGGCAUAGAGAUGAGGGUUUCGCUUUAGAUUGGUCUACCAAGUCUCCUGGAUUUUUAGCUAGUGGUGAUUGCAAAGGAAACAUUCACAUAUGGAAACCUUGUGAAAAUGGUUGGGUUGUUAAUUUACAGUCAUUGGAUGGACAUAAAGAGUCUGUUGAAGAUUUACAAUGGUCUCCAACUGAAGUUAAUGUGUUGGCGUCUUGUUCUGUAGACAGAUCUCUUAGAAUAUGGGACACACGGUUAGCACCUAACAAAGCAAAUAUGUUAACAAUAGCUAAUGCUCAUGAUAAUGAUGUUAAUGUUAUAAAUUGGAACAAAAAAGAACCAUUAAUAGUUUCUGGUGGUGAUGAUGGUAAAUUAAUGAUUUGGGAUCUAAGACAAUUUAAAAAAGGUAAUGAACUAGCUGUAUUCAAACAUCAUACUAGUGCUAUAACAACAGUUGAAUGGAGUCCAGAUGAUAGUUCUGUGUUUGCUUCUGGUGGUGAUGAUGAUCAAAUAGCUAUUUGGGACUUAGCCGUUGAAAGAGAUACAACACAUGAUGUAGAUGACAUAAAAGAAAUCCCACCACAACUUUUGUUUGUUCAUCAAGGACAAGAACAUAUAAAAGAACUUCAUUGGCAUCCUCAAAUUACUGGAGUUCUCAUAAGUACUGCACAAACUGGUUUUAAUGUUUUUAGAACCAUAAGUGUAUAAAUAUGAAAAUAAUUAAACAAUAAUUCAGUAUCAA